UGCUUCCAAGCGCGCUGCGAUUUGUAGGUGUGAGUUCCGGUGGUGGCGGGAGUGGUUGUGUGUUGUCCGUACUGGAGAGUCGCGAUGGCGGCGGUGGAUUCGGAUGUCCAAUCGUUGCCUCGUGGGGGUUUCCGGUGCUGCCUCUGCCACGUUACUACAGCCAACCGACCCAGCCUAGAUGCCCAUUUGGGAGGCCGGAAGCACCGGCACCUGGUAGAACUUCGAGCUGCCCGAAAGGCCCAGGGUCUUCGAAGUGUGUUUGUCAGUGGCUUUCCCCGGGAUGUUGAUUCUGCGCAGCUUUCUGGGUACUUCGGGGCAUUUGGACCCGUGGCCAGUGUCGUCAUGGACAAGGACAAGGUAAGAAAAGGGGCAGUGUUCUUCCAUCCCGCCCUCCUCUUUAAUGUCGCCCCACCUUUAUUUUCUGCUCGGCACCCAGGCUGUGUGGUCCACCCUUUUGGGUCUUCCAUAAACAGUUUUGAUGUCCAUGGCUGUGAUCUUGACCUCUUCCUGGAUCUGGGUGACUUGGAAGAGUCCCAGCCAGCCCCAAAGGCUCCGGAGUCUCCGUCUUUGGAUUCGGCUCUUGCAUCCCCACUGGACCCUCAAGCCCUGGCCUGUACCCCGGCUUCCCCUCCAGACUCACAGCCUCCUUCUCCCCAAGACUCAGAAGCCCUGGACUUUGAAACUCCCUCCUCUUCCCUGGCACCCCAGACUCCGGACUCCGCUUUGGCCUCUGAGACCCUUGCCUCUCCCCAGUCCCUGCCUCCAGCCUCCCCACUGCAGGAGGACCGAGGAGAGGGGGACCUGGGGAAGGCCCUGGAACUAGCAGAGUUCCUGAAAGAGGGGGAGAAAAGAGACGGGGUGGCCAUGCUGGAGUUGGUGGGCUCCAUUCUUCGGGGCUGUGUCCCUGGAGUGUACCGUGUCCAAACUGUGCCCUCUGCCCGGCGCCCUGUGGUCAAGUUUUGCCAUCGGCCUUCAGGUCUUCACGGUGACGUCUCCCUCAGUAAUCGGCUGGCCCUGCAUAACUCUCGCUUUCUGAGUCUCUGCUCGGAGCUGGACGGGCGAGUGCGGCCCCUCGUGUACACCGUCCGCUGCUGGGCGCAGGGCCGCGGGCUGUCAGGGAGUGGCCCCCUUCUCAGUAACUACGCCCUGACCUUGCUCGUGAUCUAUUUCCUUCAGACCAGGGACCCCCCUGUGUUGCCCACCGUAUCCCAGCUCACCCAGAAAGCAGGUGAUGGCGAACAGGUGGAAGUGGAUGGCUGGGACUGUAGUUUCCCCAGGGAGGCCUCGCGACUGGAGCCCAGCACCAAUAAGGAGCCCCUCGGUUCUCUGCUAGCCCAGUUCUUCUCCUGUGUCUCUUGCUGGGAUCUUCGUGGCUCACUGCUGUCCCUGCGGGAGGGUCAGGCACUGCCUGUGGCGGGGGACCUGCCCUCCAAUCGCUGGGAGGGUCUGCGCCUUGGCCCCAUGAAUCUCCAGGACCCCUUUGACCUGAGUCACAACGUGGCAGCCAAUGUGACCAGCCGGGUGGCCGGGAAGCUACAGAACUGUUGCCGAGCGGCAGCCAAUUACUGCCGGAGCCUGCAGUACCAGCGCCGUUCCUCACGGGGCCGGGACUGGGGGCUGCUCCCCCUCCUGGAGCCCAGCUCCCCUAGUUCCUUGCUGUCUGCAACGCCCAUCCCCUUGCCCCCUGCUCCCUUCCCCCGGCUCACUGCUGCCCUGGCCCAGGUGUUAAGGGAAGCACUGGGAUGCCAUAUAGAACAGGGAACCAAGAGACUGCGAUCGGAGGGAGUUGGGCCUGAGGAGUCUCUCCAGGGAGGGGCAAGCAAAAGACUGAAAAGAGAUGGGCAGGACAAAAGCUGGGAGGAGGGGCGGGAGGAGCACCAGGGAUGUACGGGAGACCCCAGUGAAGACGGGGUGGAGGAAAUGGUUAUAGAGGUGGGAGAGAUGGUGCAGGACUGGGCCGAGGGGAGCCCCAGGCGGCCAGGGGAGCAACCCCACGUAGCGGAGAAGCACCUAGCCCCCGGAGAGGAGGGGCGGGCAGGCCAUGCGGCACUGGCAGAGCAGGGGCCCAAAAGGCCUGAGGCAGCAGGAGAAGGGGCUCGGGAUGAGGCAGGGAAGGGGGUGUCCCUCUCCUCAGUGAGCUGGCGCUGUGCCUUGUGGCACCCAGUGUGGCAGGGCCGGCGGCGUGCCCGGCGACGCCUGCAGCAGCAAACCAAGAAUAGAGACGGAGGCGGUGCUGGCGCGGCAGGGUGGCUGGCAGUGGAGGCUCAGGUGACCCAGGAGCUGAGAGGACCCAGCAGUGCUGCACAGAGGCCAGCGGCCGAGCCGCUCCUGACCUUUGUGGCAUCCGCCUCCCAGGCUGACCAGACUCUCACUGUGACUCCACUCCAGGAUUCUCAAGGCCUGUUCCCUGACCUCCAUCAUUUCUUACAGGUUUUCCUCCCUCAAGCACUUCGAGUCCUCCUCAAGUGAAGACAGGGACCCAAAGGGGCAAUAAAGCUGCUACUUAAUAAACA